AUGAUUUCCUAUUGUUUGUGUCUGUAGUCAUUUGCGGAACUUGUUGGUAGUAGAUGCUUAGUUAUACGUAAUGUCUUAAUCACAUAAUUCUUCAAAAUGUUCCGCACUCUCCCUUUCAAUCAUCGCAAUGCACUCGCGCUCUCGCGAAUUUUAGCAAGUUGAGAGAUGUGUUUCCAAAACACUUUUACGCUCACGCUUCUACACCCACCCACACACGCGAAUUAUGUGAUGUGCGUAAGGGAGGGCAACCGUGAGGUGAAUGCGUCUUUUUGAAAAAAAUACUAACAUUGUGUUUAGAACUUUUAAGGAAAACGAGAGAAAAGAGAGAAAAAAUUUACUAUGCACGUGCUUGAUUUUGUUAUUUUCUCUCCUCUUUUCCUCAAAACUUAACAUUGGAAGUGAAAAUUUCCUAAUUUACGCUUUCGUUUCUUUUCUUUUUUUUUCUUUCUAUAAGUUACAAACAUAUCUAAAAUUCGCAAGAGUAAAGAAAGUGCAAACAUAAAACUAGAAUUUAAAGCGCAUUAUGUAUGUAAGUUGGGUCCAGAUCCUCUCCGGUUCAUGUUUUGGACUGGAGGAGAGAGUCCACAUCUGUCAUUGAUAUAUUCAAUGGUUCAGAUUCGCUCAUCAAUUCUUACCGGUAAAAAUUAACUUUAACUAAGAAGAGUUGACAAGCAAAUUCAAAUCAUUAAUUGCAACAAAUGGACGAUCUAAAUCAGUAAUCACGACCGUCUCUUCUAGCCUAAUGGACCAGAGAGGAUUCAUUUCCAUGUAAGCUUGUGUCUAUUAUUGAGUGCCUCCCAGGAGAGGUUGUGUUUUAGUUUAUUGGGCCAGGAUGAUAUUUUCUAGAAGCCUUUUACUAACAGAAAAGGAUAAAACAUGGGGCCUCGAUAGCAUUGGGGGCCCUUAGAUGAGAACUAAUCCGAGAAUCACCCAUGCUUGACCAGGCCCAAUGUCCCAGCCCAAGGUCAAUUCUCCAGAAAACCUUGUAAUGGGCAUAGGUGCUUUACUUAUGUUGGUAGCGGCAGCAAAAGGGCUUCGAUCUCAAUGAACCUAAAAUUAUAGGAAUACGAGUGCACAUUUUGUCGUGUUCGAGUCGUGUCAUUGCAGAUUUAUGUCAUUUCGAAUUCAUGUCAGAAUACUUUAUUAACUUAAUUGUGUUAUAUAUUUUGACUAAACUGACUUGCUUUAAAUCGUAUAACGUUUAUGGUGAAUAAGUUUAACUUAAUUGGGCUCCGAAAUUACUUAGUUCAAGACUGGGUCGUGAAUAAGUUUAUCUCAGAAUACUUUAAGACUUUAAGAGAAAUGAUGGAACACAAAAUCCCCAAAAUGACACGCACACUGUCCAGUUUGGAUAAUUACGAUCACCCCAUCAGGCAUGAAAAGUUUCUAGGAAAAUGUCCAGGAAAAUUAACCAUUUAUUUAAAUUUUUUGGACAUUUUCCCGUUCAACAAUACUAAAGACACGCCUAUCGACUAUCGGUCGAUCACUCCUCUGUCACAUAUUUGUGAGGUCCAUCCCAUAUAAUUAAAUGCAUAGGUUCGACACAUAUAUAGAAGAUGAGUGAUCGGUAAGAGUGUAUAUACUACCUCCGUCCCAAUUUAGUUGUCACUUUUAGAAGUUUGUGCCACUUUUCAAUUGAUUAUAUCUUGUAAUUUAUAAUGUUUUAGGUGAUUUUGAAAACAUUGUAUUAUAGAACAAAUUGAGAUUUAUCAAACAAGAUUCAUAUUGGAUAUAAAAUUCAUUAUCAAUUUAAAGAUAUAAGUAAUUUUUUUAUCCAGUUAGAAUAGAACUGGGACAAAUAAAUUGGAACGGAAGAAGUUGCAUUUAAUGUCGUUUUUUCCUGUUUCAUUUAACUAUCCUGAACAUUUUGAAUUGCCUUGUUCUCUUUACAAUUCAAAAAGCAUUUUUCAAAAAAUUUCUCCUUACUUUCAAUAUUUCUCUCUCUAUCUCUCUCUACUUAUUAUUCCUAUUAUUUUUCAAAAAAAAUUUCAAAACACAGACCAAACACAACUGUACGUCGGACAUUUUCCGGUUUCAUUUAACUUUCCUGGAAACUUUCGUUGGACCUUCUUGGGCCUGCUUCAGGUCAGAAUCCGGUAGAAGAUUCGUCUCCUCGUGGGACCCACAACACCAGUUGGCUCUUUGGCACUGCACACACUGACACAUGAUAUAUUCAUGGCUUUUGGGAGAAAAGGACACCCCCUGUUUCUGUUUCUGUCCUCUGCUUUAGACUCAAAUUCGUUGUAAAACUUCACGGGCUCUCCUACAGCAACCUUACAUCUGGUGCCACCCAAAUCAUGCGUUAAUCCACUUGCUUUUUGCUUGACAGAGAAAAGAACAAGGUUGCAUGCGGGGUCUCUGUCUGUCAAUUUUCAUCCCCACCUGGCGAUUUGAUUUGGUUUUAUAGUACAAUUGGGCAUGAUUUUUUUAUCAUCUUUUCUCCUUUCUCCUAUCCAAGUUGAUGAUAUUUUGGGAGAUUUUUUUGCAGUGCACAGCCUUCAUAUAUUUUAGAUCAUAGUUUUUUUUGGUUUGAAGGUUAGAGGUAUCCAAGCCAGCUUACGCGCGUCUCAAAUAAUCUCUUCUUUGAUCCGGUCGGUCAAAAGCAGGUCAUCCAUGUCAGAAUUAUGGAAUUCACAAGAAAUUGUUUUUUUGCGGUUUGACCUCAAGAAUUGAACCCUGGUCAAUUGUGUGGAGAGCAAAUUUACCAAACUAACCAGACUAACCAUGAGGCUAUUUUAGUUCAAAGCUUACCUCAAAUCUCUGUGAAACAUAGGUAGUUCUAUUAUUUGCAGUUAGAAAUACGAAAAUGGGUAAUGCAGAUUAAUACUUUAUGACAUAGGGUUGAUUUUUUUUCCCUACCAUUGUGUUUUUAGAACUUUGGAUUAUGUCAAUAAAUUCAAAUUAAACACCAUAUGUUCUUUUUCUUAAAUUCUAGAUUUGUGGAUAUGUCUAUAUAAAUUUAUAGGUUACGUAUUCUGUAAGUCGUGUAAAGGUUCAAGUUAUGUUUUGAUUUUAGAAAUAUGAACGUAACGCCCCACAAAAAGACUCGAUUACAUGGUCGCUUACUCACCCAACGCUAGUGAUAGUGCAUCAUACCCGCUAAACUACCGCCCAUUGAUAUCUUUGAUAUUUUUAGAAUGCUCAAGAGGGCCUCCUCUUACAAUCUUAAUUUGCUCAUAGAUUUUCAAUUUACAAUCGCUUAUGAUUGCAAUAAAAUGUCAUGACUGAGAUUCAAUGAGUGGUUCAAUUAUCAACUACUACUAUUUUAUUCUUCACUCUUCUUAACGAGUAUGAUUUUGCAAUUUGAUAUUACAUUCGGGAAUCGGGAUACACAAUAAAUAUGGGCUUACGUAAACAAGAAGGGAAAAAAACAAAAGAUUUCUAAAAAGCAGCAGAAAUUAGGCCCCAGUGGGGGCAGCCACCAGAAUGAUGCCACAGGAGAGAAGACUUGUAUUCAUAAUGAUAUGUUAAUGACAAUCAUUGGCACUAAUAAAUUAGGUUAGAUGCUCGAAAUGUAGGGGGAAGUGGGAUGCCCCUGUUGCGUAAGCAUUUUCUAAAGAUUCCAAAUUUUUUCCGAAGGUCAGUCCGGAUUAGUUUAUACGCAUUUUACACGCAUUUUAAUUAAUUCCAUUCCCGAACAGUUAAAGACAAGUUUUUCAACUAUCUACGUCGGAACUAAGAAAUUCACAAAAAAUUAUUUUUACAGCAUAAAUCGAAUUCAAUUGACCGGACCGGGCUAACCCUUGGGCUCUGCUGAAGAUUCCAAAUUGGCCACUUGGAAAAUCUUAUAUAUCUCCUUUUCAGUAAAAAUCUUUGAUGCUAGCUGCAUGGCUGCAGUGCACCCUUGUAAAGCUUACACGAGGAUUGGAUUCGGUUGCCCCCUCUCCUUUUCUCUCACUAUGAUAAUAAUUCUCUGCCACCCUCAGAUUCUGGAGAUUUCUCCUCUCUCUCUCUCUCUCUCUCUCUCUCCAACUUGGUUUCAUCACGCACCCAGCAAAAACCAAAGGAUUUUAUUUCUAACGGUAGUGUUGAGUUUUGAUUGAAACCCGUCUCAAAGUAUCGACAUUUGUAUGAAAUUAGGUGAAACAAAGUUUCUGAAAAAGACUUCUGCAACAUUGUGUUCAAAAAGGGCAACGAACAUGGAUUUUUCGUGUCUAGUUACUAGGCUGAAUAAAAAAUUUCCCCCCUGCAAUGGUUUGUUCUUUUCCAUCGGGAUUAGAGACCUCGGUAGUCCUAACCGUAAACGAUGGAUAAAAGGCGCUGUGCAUAUCCAGCUGUGCAGUGCUAUAGAUAACGCGUUAAGUAUCCGUGGGAGGUUCUAAAGUGGAAGGAACCAGUGACUAUUUUUUUCGACUCGACCAUUUCUGGAAGACUUAUUAUCUUUCCUAAAGCUGGUGUUGGAUGUUUGGUUAUAGACCGAGCAUAUGCCUGGGAACAAGUACAACGGUAACUCCUCCAUCCCCACGAGUAGACUAGAAAGGCUCUUGAGGGAAAGAGAACUAAGAAAGAGCAGCAGGGCUUCUCAUUCAAAUGAGGCUACUGACAAUAACUUGGGGGUUUCCAACGUGGAGCAAUAUUUGGAAGGAGCCUUGGCUGCACAGACACUUGGUGAGGGAUGGGAAAGGCCAGAUAGGAUUCCCUUAAGGCAAAGACUGUUGGUGGUGGCCAAUAGGCUGCCUGUUUCUGCAGUUAGGAGAGGGGAGGAGUCCUGGUCACUGGAAAUAAGUGCCGGGGGUCUAGUCAGUGCUCUUCUGGGUGUCAAGGAGUUUGAGGCAAGAUGGAUUGGAUGGGCUGGUGUUAAUGUGCCAGAUGAGGCCGGGCAGAGGGCACUAACUAAAGCUUUGGCUGAAAAGAGAUGUAUUCCUGUUUUCCUUGAUGAGGAUAUUGUUCAUCAAUACUAUAACGGCUAUUGCAACAAUAUAUUAUGGCCUCUUUUUCAUUAUCUUGGACUUCCGCAAGAAGAUCGUCUUGCCACUACCAGAAGUUUCCAGUCCCAGUUUGCUGCAUAUAAGAAGGCAAAUCAAAUGUUUGCUGAUGUGGUAAACCAGCAUUACGAAGAGGGUGAUGUUGUUUGGUGCCAUGACUACCACCUCAUGUUCCUUCCAAAAUGCCUGAAGGACUAUAAUAGCAAAAUGAAAGUUGGUUGGUUUCUCCACACACCAUUUCCUUCCUCUGAAAUCCAUAGGACGCUACCAUCUCGAUCAGAGUUGCUGCGUGCAGUGCUUGCUGCUGACCUGGUUGGUUUCCACACUUAUGAUUAUGCAAGGCAUUUUGUUAGUGCAUGCACUCGUAUUCUUGGGCUUGAAGGUACACCUGAAGGAGUAGAGGAUCAAGGAAGACUGACUCGUGUGGCUGCGUUUCCUAUUGGAAUAGAUUCAGAUCGAUUCAUCCGCGCACUUGAGGUUCCUCAAGUCCAGGAGCAUAUCAGAGAACUAAAAGAAAGAUUUGCUGGGCGAAAGGUAAUGUUAGGUGUUGAUCGCCUAGACAUGAUCAAAGGAAUUCCCCAAAAGAUACUGGCAUUUGAAAAGUUUCUCGAGGAAAACUCCAGUUGGCGCGACAAAGUUGUUUUGCUGCAAAUAGCUGUGCCAACAAGAACAGAUGUUCCUGAAUACCAAAAACUCACAAGCCAGGUUCAUGAAAUUGUUGGACGCAUUAACGGAAGAUUUGGGACUUUGACUGCUGUUCCAAUACAUCAUCUGGAUCGCUCUCUCGACUUUCAUGCAUUAUGUGCACUCUAUGCUGUUACUGAUGUAGCACUUGUCACAUCUUUGCGGGAUGGAAUGAAUCUCGUCAGCUAUGAGUUUGUGGCCUGCCAAGAUUCAAAGAAAGGUGUUCUCAUUCUGAGUGAAUUUGCAGGUGCUGCACAGUCUCUGGGUGCUGGAGCAAUUCUUGUGAACCCCUGGAACAUAACUGAAGUUGCAGCCUCUAUUGGCCAAGCUUUGAACAUGUCAGCUGAAGAAAGAGAGAAGCGGCACUGGCAUAACUUUGUGCAUGUGACUACCCAUACUGCUCAAGAAUGGGCUGAAACUUUCGUAAGCGAACUGAAUGACACCGUAGUUGAAGCUCAGCUAAGGAUAAGACAAGUACCACCAUCACUUCCAGUCCAUGAUGCAACUGAACAUUACUUACAAUCCAAUAACAGAUUACUUAUACUGGGAUUCAAUGCAACAUUAACUGAACCAGUGGAUACUCCAGGAAGAAGAGGGGGUGAUCAAAUUAGAGAAAUGGAUCUUAAACUGCAUCCAGAGCUAAAAGAAACCCUAACAGCACUCUGUAGUGAUCCAAAGACCACCAUUGUUGUCUUGAGUGGAAGUGGCAGAAGUGUCUUAGAUGAUAACUUUGGUCAGUACAACAUGUGGCUUGCAGCAGAAAACGGAAUGUUUCUUCGCUUUACUAAGGGAGACUGGAUGACGACUAUGCCAGAGCAUUUAAAUAUGGAAUGGGUUGAUAGUGUCAAGCAUGUGUUUGAGUAUUUUACAGAACGAACACCUCGGUCACAUUUUGAACCCCGUGAAACUUCACUAGUAUGGAACUACAAGUAUGCAGAUCUCGAAUUUGGAAAACUUCAAGCGAGGGAUAUGCUGCAACAUCUCUGGACAGGCCCGAUUUCUAAUGCAUCAGUUGAUGUUGUCCAAGGCAGCCGUUCUGUCGAGGUUCGAGCAGUUGGUGUCACAAAGGGAGCGGCAAUUGAUCGUAUAUUGGGUGAGAUAGUUCACAGUAAAUUCAUUUCAACGCCAAUUGAUUAUGUCCUAUGCAUAGGGCAUUUUCUCGGCAAGGACGAAGACGUCUACACCUUUUUCGAGCCAGAACUUCCCUCCGACACACUAGGAGCUGCUUCAAGAACCAAGGUAACCGAUACAAUAAAGCUCCCUGGGGAGAGGAGGCCACCUCUGAAGCUUUCCUCUAGCAGAAACGGCAACUCUUCUAAAUCAUCUCAAGGCAGAACACAACGACCCCAUCCAAACUCUGAGAAGAAAACCAACAGCCACAUAUACAGGACCGGAAGGCGGCCUUCUCCAGAAAAAGUAACGUGGAACGUGCUCGACCUCAAGGGGGAGAACUACUUUUCUUGCACUGUUGGGCGGACCCGCACGAACGCUCGGUACCUUCUUGGAUCAUCGGAUGAAGUUGUUGCUUUCCUGAAAGAACUGGCCGGGGCAUCUGUAUCAAGCUCCCCUUCGUAGAGUUGCGAUAUAUGCGGUAUGCUCUUGUAUGUUUCCAUGCAUCUGGUUAUAUGAUGCAGGAGCCUUGCUUUAGACCUGAAGGCUGAAGCCAAGGUGGUUCCAGGAAUCUCUUGUUGUAACAAGUUUAUUACAUGCGAAGCUUAUCAUGUUUUAGAAGACUCAGAGCAUCCAAGCCUCAGUUUGUGAUUUACAAGCUCAGAUAUGCACAGAGGAAACCAGUUUUUUUUAGUGCCGAUUCUAUCUCUCCGCUA